AUGAACUACCGAAUAAUCGCCAUAGCGUUGCUGGCUACGCAGUUGGGAUGGAUCGAUGCCGCCAGUGACUGCAGUACUCCUCCAGCAGGUUUUGUUAAAAACUUGAUUCAGUGCUGCAGGAAGCCGAAACCGAACCUGGGCGCCUAUAGUCGUGAAUGUCCCAAUAUAGGAGAUGGUUUUCCAUCAUCAAAUCUGGAUAAAGUGGAGUGCUUGUUCAAAGCGGCCGACAUUCUAAAUGGAGAGCAGCUGAAGAUGGACAACGCUCGUAAAAUGUUCAACAAGCUCAACCCCAACGAUCCCGUGUUUGCCAAUGCUUUGCUUGUCAGUUUUGAAAAAUGUCAGUCGGUUGUUAAGGCCCGCAUAGCUAAAAUUCAAACAAGAAGACCUACACUAUCAGCCCCUCAACCGAGUGUGGUGACCAGAAAAAUGAUUCUGAUUGGCUACCUGACUUGUGUUGGGCAAGAACUGCCUCUUAACUGUCCGCCUAAGUUAUGGAUAUCUUCGAAUGAAUGUGAGAUAACCAGGGAAUAUAUAACCAAUUGUUAA